AUGGCUGUCCGUUCUCUUGGUGAAACACUGGAAUGAGUCAUCAUGGGCAGGAGGACGGAGGUUGUUGUCAUCACGGCCUGUCGUGCUCAGCCGGGCUCUGUGAUGACAUCACCAACAUCUACGCUGUGCUUUGUUUGUCCCAGUGUUUUUGGUUCAGGUCGUCACUCCGCUGUGCCUCCACCGGCUUCUCAUACGUGUUGUUAGGUGACUAAGGCAACCACCGAGAUGAGCUCAUCACCUGUAGGCGGGGCUGAGGGGGAGAGCGUGGUGGAUGGAAGGAGACAAUUAGAAAGGCAGCGCUGAAGGGUUACAUAGGGACAGAAGGAGAGGGAGCAUGAAAUCAACACUGUACGAGAGAGUAUGUGUGAUGUGUGUGAGAGACGGAGUGAUACAGAGGAAGAGACAAUUGGGGACACUGCAUGAGAGUGAGGAGAGAGGAAGACAGAAGAAGAUGGAUUCUAAAGGCCCACGUGCACCUAACCCUGUAAAAGCAAUUUUCCACGUUGGUGUCAUGUCAGUUUUAGUGUAAAAGGCGAGGAUUAGCUAGUUCACAAACUAGUUGGAUUCCUGGAAAUCUUCAACUUCAGCCUUAGUGGAAACCAAAGCAGCAAUAUUUCCAGGUCUGAAAUCCAUCUGAACUGGAGGUGUCACAGAGAAAACUGCCGACACUGUAAGAGCCAGAGAGUGACAAAGGCAAGAAAGAAGACACGAGAGACAGAAUUUUAAGCGAUGAGAGCGACUGCAAGAUAAGUGUGGACCGGACCCCACCAUUAGUAUCUGCAGUAUAAACACAGAAAGCCGACAUCUCUUCCGCCGAUAUCUGCAAUACUUGACGAAAACACACCAAAAGAAUGUAAAUGAAUUGAUAGCCCUACAGGUCACAUCCUGUCAUGCAGUUCCAGGAGGUCGUCCAGCACUGGAGCUGACACUGUCAGUGAGCCCGGCCUACAAUACACCACAACCUUCCCAUCUCUACCUUCACCUUCCACUGGCCUCCUCUCACUCCAGCCACUAAUCUUACCCCAGGUGACUGGCUGCUCACUCCCACUCCAGAAACUUUCCUGUCCUCACUCCCGCUCUGAAUAUCAAAGAGCGCCCAGGCCUGUAUCUGGGUCCCAGUACAAGCCAGGCCUCCUGGCUGUUCUUCGGUACCUGAGACUGUUUAUCCACCCACCACUCUGUGACUGCGGUCCUGCAUUCUGCAGCCUGGGCACCUCAGCCUCCUUAAUAUCAUCACUGGCAAAGGCACCAGGUGAGGGCAGCUGUCCACCCAGACAAAACCAGGAUCCAUCAUGUCCAGUCGACGGAAGGCCUCCACGCCCUUAAUGAUCCGACCAGAGCAGACCAUGGUGCAGCUGGAUGAUGACACGGAGGACGACAUGGAGACAACGGAGAACUAUACUGAGGAGAGGCCUAUGGAAACGGAUCUCUCAAGAGAAGCAGAGCCCUCUGUGGAACUGGACCUGACGAGCACGGCCUCGAACCCUCCCACGGCUCCAGACAAACCAGCAACUGAGCCGCCAGAUCUUUCCAAGCCUCAGCGUAGACAGCAGGGGGGCUACGAGUGUAAAUACUGCCCCUUCUCCACACAGAACCUCAACACUUUCAAAGAACACGUCGACGCCAACCACCCCAACGUCAUCCUCAACCCCCUGUACCUGUGUGCCGUCUGUAACUUCAACACAAAGAAGUUCGACACCCUGACGGAACACAACGAGAGGUGUCACCCGGGGGAGAGCAACUUCAAAUUCAAACGCAUCAAAAUGAACAAUCAGACAAUCCUAGAACAGACGAUAGAGGGCUGGAGUAACAACGCAGUCAUCUACAACAGUUCCAGCACCAUUUCUGGCAAAGGGGACGAACUCUGCACCCUGCCGCUCAGCAAGCCCACCACAGUCAAGAUCGGUAAACCAAAAAUAAUGUUGUCGGAUAAUAAACGGACAGAUCUGGCCAAGAAACCAAUCACGGCGCUCAAUGUGAACGGGACGGUCAUCAUCCCUGAGUCGACUCUACUCAAAGCAGAAGGCCUUUCUCACAUCAUGCCUUCCUUACAGCGGCCUCUCAACUAUACUCAGGUGCCGAAGAUCGCAGUGCCCCUCAACACAACCAAAUACAACCCUUCGCUGGACGACAACCUGACGCUCAUCUCUUCCUUCAACAAGUUCCCCUACCCAACGCAGGCUGAGCUCUCCUGGCUCACCGCAGCCUCAAAACAUCCAGAGGAGCAGAUCAAAGUCUGGUUCACCACACAGAGGCUCAAACAGGGCAUUAGCUGGUCACCUGAGGAGGUGGAAGAAGCCAGGAAGAAGAUGUUCAACGGUACAAUCUCCUCUAUGCCUCAGACCUUCACCGUGGUAGCUCCUCAGCUCAACUCCCAAUCAUCCAACCUGUCUACAGCCUCCAAAGCCAUGCAGUCUGCAGCCUCGGUCCUGCACUCGCUGCCCUGUCAGUUCCUGGGACAAACCAGCCUGGUGCUGACUCCUGUAACUAACGGCUCCACCAUCACUUGUGCACCGCUGGCGCUCACCGUAGCUAACCAGGUUGCACAGUCGCUCAAACGACCCCUGUCCUCUCCUUUGAUCACCACGGAGAGUAAACGACCCUCCAUCAUUCAAACCAUCUCGGUGCCCUUGGCCACAUCCAAGCUGGCAUCAACCAAAGUGCUGAGUUUUACAGUUGACCCCAACAAAACAGCGGAGCAGCUCUCAGUACUGAGGUCCAGCUACACACCGUGUCCUUUCCCCGAGGAAGAUGAGAUCUACAGGCUGAUAGAGACCACCGGGCUGUCCAGAGGAGAGAUAAAGAAGUGGUUCAGUGAACAGCGGCUCCUUAAUCUCAAAGGCGUUCCUCCACCUCCGGUGCUGGUGAAAGCAGAAGUGUCACCAGCCGCCAAAGAUGGUCAUGUGAAGAAAGCGGUCCCCAGCCACUUUCCCCUGCUGGAGAGGGUGAAGGGGAAGUCAGCAGAACAACUGAAGGCGCUGGAGGAGAGUUUUCAGAGAAGCGGCACACCGACAGAGGUGGAGCUCGACCAGCUGGCCCAGGAGACCAGGCUGUCCAAGACGGAGGUGGACUGCUGGUUUUCAGAACGCCGGGCGCUGAGGGACAACAUGGAGAAGGCUUUACUCUCCCUGUCUUCGAAGAACACAGAGGACAGAACCGAGCGGCCCGGAGCGCUGCUGAACGGGGCUUCACACCGAGAGCAGGGCGGGAGACCUCUACGCGCCUCUCCUCAUCCACCUGUCCUCUCUCCUUCCUCAUCUUCAUCCUCCUCCUCCUCCCCUCCUGUGCUCGCAGCCUCCUCUCCUCAGCCACCCAUCCUCUCCUCCUCAGCGUCGCCUCCCAUCCUCACUUCAUCCUCCUCUUCUCCAUAUCCCCCCAUCCUGUCGGCCUCCACAAGCCCGGCUCCCAUUGUCAGCGGCUCCCUCAGCCUGCUCAGAGAGAUGUUCUCUCGGACCCAGUGGCCGUCUCCUGAGGAGUACAAUCAGCUGGAGGUCCAGACGAGCCUCGGACGCACCGACAUUGUCCGCUGGUUCAAGGACCACCGCUCGGUACUGAAGAACGGUGACACUCUGGACUGGAUGGAAAGUUUCCAAAGCCUGGCAGAGCAGCAGAAAGCAGAGCAGCAGAAAGCAGAGCAGGAGAAAGAGGAGCAGGAGAAAGAGAACAACCAGAGUGUUCCCUUGGAAGUCAAAGCUGUGAAAGUGGAGGAGGCUGAUGAGAACGCAGCAGCUGCUACAGAGCACUCCAAGCUGUCCGACCAAGACAAAGUGCAGUGGUUGACUGACAGAUUAGCCCACAGUGUGACGGACCUGAGCCAGACCAGACCGGACCAGACCAGCUCUAGCACUGCUGAGAAAGGGAGGUGGGUAAAGGUGACGGUGGCAGUGGGGGAGGAGAGUGAAGCAGCAGUGGAAAGACCGAGGCUGGCAACAGACACUGAUGUUCUGACCAUGGAGCAACCUGGGAGGGUCACCGGUUGAUAGUCUUCUAAAGAAAACUAGUCGAGUAAAAUCUUUGACUGCUGAUUCACCGACCAUCAUGCAGCGACUAAAGAUGACCAAAUGUGGAACCAGUGAUGUAACUCUGCCUGUGAUGUCAUCACAAAGCGCCAUUGACUUUGAAGUUCCACUGUUAAAGCACUGACUGAUGUGUGGUGCAGAUGCUGACAUUAAGAGUGCCAAAGCUGGACUUGAUGCAUUGUUCUUACUACUACACUAUUUUUUUCUCCUUUAUUUCUUUUUUUUUAAAGAAGCACCCUUGUAAAUAUUUUUCUGUAUUACAAAAAAGGUUUGUACAGUUUUACUGGGAGGGCAAGUUUUGUUACAUUUAAAAAAAAAAAAUUUGAAAGACUGGUGCCCCAUAACCUGGAAUGUCUUUUUGUUGUUGUUUUAAGAUCAAAGUGUAUGAUAGUGUGUUAUUUGCUAAAAAUCAGUCCUAUUUUUUUGAAAAUCAUAGCUGAGUGAUCACUAUGAAUAGUCUUUGAUGGCACUUGCAUAUAUCCCUGUGGUAGUGAUAGAUAUUUACAUGCUGUGCUACUUCAUCUCAAACUGUUGGGGAAACACUUCCUUUUCUCCUGCAGAGUCACUCUGACUCGCACACAUAGAAUUACGCUGACGAAGGUGAACAUCCCUCGGACGUGCUCGAGGGGCAGCUCGGAGUGACUGUGUUCUGGGCAAUCUGAACAUUAUAUAGAAAUGACUAAUCACAUGGAGAAGAGAGUGGAGUGUCUGUUUUAUCGCACCAUGCUGCCUUUUCUGCUCUUAUCUGACAUUUGCUGUCUGCCUCAGACAGAACUGGUGACGAUGAUUUCAGCUUAUCACAUAUUUGUUAGAAGAAUUUGAAAUACUCUUGACUGAACUCGGCAAGAACAUUUUGGUGAAAGUGUUUAGCGCAUGAUAAAACAACUGAAGCUCCUGCGAUCUGUGAACACACCCCUUGGCUUCUCUCUAGUUCUUCUGGCUUUUUAUGUUCAAAGCUGGAUUGGGUUUAGUUUUCUGUACAGUCGGUUCAGAACACCUGAGAUCCUGGUUCAUGAAUCUCCAGAGUUACAAAGAGAAAUGAUCAGACCUGUUCUGAUUUUUCUGGAGAGAAAAAGCAUUGGAAAGCUCAUGAACUUCUUGCAUGUGCUUCAACAAUUUUCAUUUUUGACAAUGAUUUAAAAAGGGAUAUCUGUGAUUUUUUGGGGGUUAAAUUGCAAGCGCUUGCAAUAUUUGUGCAGCAAAAAUAAAGUUGAGUUGAACUGUCAUUUUACACCUGGUUUGAACAGCAGGUGUAUGGCUGUUUGAUGGCUGAAUGUCUGUUGCUGCUGCUGCUUUAGUUUCAUGUUCAGGCAAGUAUCUGGGAUACUGUACAUUUGGUUGGCUAAAAUGGGAAACUGCUUGCAUUUUUCAUUUUCUACUUUAAGUCUGCUGUAACUCAAUAAAUACACAACCGACUGCAAAACCG